GGGGGGCAGAGCAGCCGAUGCCGAGGAGGCAACACGUGGAAGUGCCCUCCUCCUGCCCCCCGCACUGACCUGGCCCCGGAGCCGGGGGAGGAGCCGAUCGCUCUCCUUCACUUCCUCGGGAACUUGUCGGACUAUCACCGGGUUUAUCGCAGGUUUAUCGCCUUCCCUCUCACCGAUCCCCCCUGCCCACCCCCCAUGGCCGGACACGAGUGGGACUGGUUCCAGCGAGAGGAGCUCAUAGGACAGAUCAGUGAUCUCAGGGUCCAGAACCUGCAAGUGGAAAGAGAAAAUGUACAGAAGAGGACCUUUACACGAUGGAUGAAUUUACACUUAGAAAAGUGCCGUCCACCGCUUGAAGUAAAUGAUUUGUUCACUGAUAUCCAAGAUGGCAGGAUCCUCAUGGCAUUAUUGGAAGUUCUUACAGGACAGAGCUUGCUCCACGAGUUCAAACCCUCAGCUCAUCGCAUAUUUCGCCUGAACAACAUAGCUAAAGCGUUAACGUUUUUGGAAGACAGCAAAGUGAAGUUAGUUAGUAUAGAUGCAGCAGAAAUUGCUGAUGGAAAUCCGUCCCUGGUUCUUGGCCUGAUCUGGAACAUCAUUUUGUUUUUGCAGAUUAAAGAACUGACAGGCAAUCUCAACAGAAUGUCGUCCUCGUCCAGCCUGUCCUCGCUGCCCAGCGGGACGGAGUCUGAAACAUCUCAACCCAGCACUCCUUGCACAGAGAAAAGCAUGUCUGUUUCAAUUAAGGAUCAGCGGAAAGCAAUCAAAGCCCUUUUGAAUUGGGUUCAGCAAAGGACAAGGAAAUAUGGCGUGGCCGUGCAGGAUUUUGGCAGUAGCUGGAGAAGUGGUCUUGCUUUCCUAGCCCUUAUUAAAGCCAUAGAUUCCAGCCUGGUGGAUAUUAAGAAAGCUCUGGAGAAAUCAUCAAGAGAGAACCUUGAGGAUGCAUUUAGCAUUGCACAUACAAGUCUCAGUAUUCCAAGACUUUUGGACCCAGAGGACCUCAUGGUGGAUUCCCCCGACGAACAGUCGAUCAUGACGUACAUCACUCAAUUUCUUGAACAUUUUCCGGAACUUGAUGCUGAAGAUUUUGUGGAGCAGAAGGAAGAUCUUCCUCUGGAAAUGACAUACGUGCAUUAUAAAGAUGGUCCAAUAGAGGAGGAAGGAAAGAUCAUCAAUGUGAACAAACAGGAGAAUGGCCACCGGAAAAUCCAUAUAGAAAAGGCAACUCCUUUAGAAACACGUCACUAUGUGGAAAAUGCUAUUACAAAACAUCUAGAAAAUCAGCCACAACUGAUUGCAGACAAAUCAGAUCUACGGUCCAAAGAUGUCCAGGCCAGAGAUACCUUCUCAGGUAGUGAUAAAAUGUUACUACACUAUGCUGAUAUGUCUGGUGGAAACCAUCGGACAAAUAUUAAUGACAGCGAUAAGAGUUCCAAGGAAGAAUCUGUGCCAUACCCUGACUACGCCAUGAGGGACUUGACCUUUGCAAAUGGGAAGGUACCUGACAAUGAGUCUCCAGAGUCAUUUGCACCAGUUGUCUUCUCUGAGCCAAAUCUUGUGAUCAGCAACCACAACUCUUAUCGAUCGCUCAAUUCUUCCUCCAAUCCUCUAUUUCAGGAAGAUAAUACCCAGCAUGAACAAAUGGCAUACAAGGUGCCACGCAAAGACAUGGCAAAUCAAUCAAUAAUAUUUGAUAAAAGGAAACCUUUAUUUCCUGAUAACACCAAAGAAGAAAAAGAUAUAUUUAAAUAUUUAUCGCACGUUCCUAAAAACUACCCCGACAGUGAACAGACAAAGCACUUGACAGUGUUCCAAGCAUAUAAUGCUUGUACAACCAUGGGAGAAGAUACACCUGACCUUGACUCAAGCUCUCCUGAGCCAAGUCCUCUACUUAUGGAAACAGAAGAAAGAAAUUCUAAGGACAACUUUGAGGAUGCUAAAGUUUCUGUUAUACCCCAUGAUUUGUUUUACUAUCCCCAUUACAGCGUCCCCAUUGCAGAUGUCUUGCAUGCUUUUGCUGAACCUUCCCCUGGUGGUUCCAGAAAGCAGAACAUAGAUUCAGAUCUCAUGCCCAAAAACGAAGAAGAAUUUAAAUCCUGUAGUGGUGGCGGGUUCUUGCAUAAACCCAUUGAGAAGACAAAUAAUGAAAGUUUUCCUGGAAGGUCGUCUGAAUAUGCUGCAGAGGCGGACACUGUAUGGGAUGUUAAGCCUUCUCUGACCGAAUCAGAAAAAUGCAUCAAUCCAUUGAAAUUUCUACUAAACAGUUCAACUCCCCAAGAAUCUUUCUCUAACGUACAGACUAGUGGCCCGCCAUCUGAUUUUGAUUACGCUGAUGGUAUUGAGAGUACUGAAAGUACAGGAGAGACAUGGCAACUCUCAGACGAAGACAUGAAAUUGACAGAAAUUGCUCGGAGAAAAGCUCAUGUGGAAGAGCGGUUUCAGUCCAUCCAAAAAAGGGCAGCUAUGUUGGAUGCCGACUUCAAAGAAGAAAGCCUCAGAGAUCACUGGUUUUCACGGUCAUCUCAUAUGGAUACAAAUAUAGCUAAAGAUGAAGAAUAUAUUCCUAACGAAACGAGUUUUGAAGCCUUUGAUGACCACAGUGAGGAUGCGAGCAGUGGUAGCCAUGUUGAUUUAAGGAAACGGAGGGUUGGUAGCUCCCAUUCUAUUGAAAAGGUUGUUGCAGGUCCAGAAGAUACCUCUCGUCCAGACAUGUACUACAUCAUCUUUUUCAUCUGGGUAUUAUGCUACUUCGUUUUCAUUCUCCCAGAACUGGAUCUCAGCAAAGUUACCUUUUUCUCCAACAAUCAAUAAAGACUGUACAUUGGACGCAAGGUGUCAAAUUAAUUGGAUAUAGACGGCUUCUGUAGCGCCCCGAAAUUCUCCAAUAGUUUAGCCUUUUUUAAUUGCCCGGAGGGGUGCACAAUGUGUUGCCAAUCCAUGUAGAAUCAUGGGUUCAUGCUUUUGUAUUGUAAAUGUCUUAAUGUGAGAAUAUCUAGCAAGUCAAGUUGUUAAAACAAAGUCACUAAAAAUUAAUGAUCAGUAUGACAGUUUGUGCCUUGUGUUAAUAUCCUCUCCACAAUAAUAUGGCUGAAAGAGACACGAAGAUCUAAGAUUUCUGAGGAAGUCUGUGCUUGUAAGUCUGAUGCAAACAAUCGACAUUCCAUCGUCUUGGUAACGAUGGCUAGUAUGUUGCAUCACUUAUUUAUAGAUCUUUCAGGAUAAUGUUGAGUAAAAACUUUUAUUUAUUUUUGUACAUAUUAAAAAUGAGAAUAUUUAGCUUUGUCUAAAACUCUUCUUAAAGAGAAAUCUAGAAUAGUAUUUGUAGAAUUGUCUAAAUGCUUACUGUCGAGUCUAUGAUAUGUCUAGCAUGGGAUCUAGAAUGAUUCCUGAGUUUUGUAGGAUGUUUCUUACAGAGGUGUCUCGAAUGUGGCUUGCAUGGAUGUCUAGAAUAAUUACUGUAGAAGCCUGCUAUUGUGUUCCAGCUUUGGGAAACAAUGGGUUUACUUAAAACACAAUUGUAAUCAAUGUUUGAAGACUGUUGAUAGAAAUUAAUUUUUAAACACCAUGUUCUUUUGGCAAAAAUCUGCUACAAAUCUGCUGCUAGUUUGAGGUUUAUUAAAGCUGCCCUGUCACCUUCUGGGGUCUUCGCAUAUUUUGCAAAGACCCUGGAUGGUGACAAAGUAGUCCCAUAUCUCUUAACUUUGAAUUUCAAUGAAACGCCAAUGCAGUCUUUAUGAGCAGUUCAUCAUAAAGAUUUUAUGAAGCAGAUCUUUAUAAAAGACUAUUUUUUUCUGGUGACAGAGCUGCUUUAAAACCAUAAACAAAAUGAAAAGUUUAAAAUUGACUUGUCUUGCAAAAAAACAAAAGACCAGUGCGAGUGGAAAAAUGCCAGUUUCAAUCUAUACAUUGUGCCAAAUUGAUAGCAGAUGCAAAGAACUAUAAUAGUCUACGUUCUCUCAGGAUCAGAAUGAUGUAUUACACUCUCCGCAAUAGAAUAAGGAAUGUCCCAAUAUUUUACACAAUGCGAUGACACCAGAACAGCAAAAUAAAGAAGUGUCUUAAAGGGGCACACUAUAGAUACCAAAACAACUUUAGCGUAACAAAGCAGUUUUAGUAUAUAUAUCAUGUCCCUGAAAUCUUGCUGCUCAAUUCACUGCCAUUUAAAAGUUAAAUCACUUUAUUUUCAGUUUAUGCAGCCAAAGCCACAUCUCCCCUGGCUGUGACUUACACACUGCAUGAAAACAAUGGUUUAAUUUUAAUUUGGAUGUUAACUUGUUUUAGAAGUGUGUAUCUCCUGCUCUGUAAAUUGAACUUUAGUUUGAAACAGGAGGCUCCUGUAGGGUCUAGAAUGCUAUUAACAGGGUAGGAGAUUGUGUAAUACAGGAAGUUUAAACAUUAGAUCUCUCUAUAGGAAAUGUUUAUGAAGGUUGGGCAAGUCACAUGCAGGGAGGUGUGACU